CCGGAGGAGCCGCGGCGUCGGUGGCGUCGGGAGCGAGCGGCCCCGAGAGCGGCGCGGGUGGAGGAGAAACCGGGGGCUCGAUUCUGUAACCAUGGCACAGGUCGAAAAACGAGGGGGCUUGCUCCGCAAGUCUUCAGCCUCCAAAAAACCACUGAAGGAAAAAGUAGUGCUGAUGUAUGAUGAGAUCUUCAUGACAGAGGACCCAAGUAAAUGUAGUCCUCGGUUUUGGGAGGAGCUCUUCCUCAUGAAGGUGAAUUUAGAUUACUUAGAAGGCAAGUUGGAAUCUCUUGAUGGUGAGGAGUUAAUGAAGAUCAAGGACAAUAUUAAUUGCUUAUUUCAACACUGCAUCCUGGCCCUGGGAGAGGAGCACCCAAUUCGAGUUGUCAAUGCAUUGCAGACCUUGUGUGCACUCAUUCGAGGAGUCCAUCAGAAGAAUAAAUCUACUUCUGGGUUUGACAUUAUUAACAUGCUGAUGGGCUUUGAUAAGGCGGAGCUUUGUAUGAAGAACUUGAUGGAGAGUUUGGAUUCGUUGCUUUGUGCAGAAGGUUCUGAAAGUCUGAAGAGUUUAUGUCUGAAACUUCUCCUUUGCUUAGUGACUGUGACAGAUAACAUCAGUCAGAACACUAUCCUGGAGUAUGUAAUGAUCAACAGCAUAUUUGAAGCAAUUUUACAGAUUCUUUCCCACCCCCCAAGUCGUCGGGAGCAUGGGUAUGAUGCUGUUGUCCUCUUGGCUUUGCUGGUGAACUAUAGAAAGUAUGAGUCUGUGAAUCCUUAUAUUGUGAAACUGUCAAUUGUGGAUGAUGAGGCCACACUCAAUGGAAUGGGACUUGUGAUUGCUCAGGCUUUAUCUGAGUACAACAGGCAGUAUAAAGAUAAGGAAGAAGAACACCAGAGUGGUUUUUUCUCUGCUUUAACAAACAUGGUGGGCAGCAUGUUCAUAGCAGAUGCCCAUGAGAAAAUAUCUGUACAAACCAAUGAGGCCAUUCUUCUGGCACUUUAUGAAGCUGUUCAUUUAAAUCGCAAUUUCAUCACAGUGUUAGCCCAGAACCAUCCAGAAAUGGGCUUGGUGACAACCCCUGUCAGUCCUGCUCCAACAACCCCAGCCACACCACUUGGGACCACUCCACCCUCCUCUGAUGUUAUAAGUUCUGUGGAACUCCCACUGGAUGCAGAUGUACAGACCAGUAAUCUACUGAUAACCUUCUUAAAGUACAGCUCAAUUGUCAUGCAGGACACCAAAGAUGAGCACCGGCUUCACAGUGGCAAACUCUGUUUGAUUAUCCUUACAUGUAUUGCAGAGGAUCAGUAUGCCAAUGCAUUUUUGCAUGAUGACAACAUGAACUUUCGAGUAAACUUACAUAGAAUGCCUAUGAGACACAGGAAGAAGGCAGCAGACAAGAAUCUUCCCUGCCGGCCUUUAGUGUGUGCAGUACUGGACUUGAUGGUAGAGUUUAUUGUAACACAUAUGAUGAAGGAGUUUCCUAUGGAUCUCUAUGUACGCUGCAUUCAGGUAGUACAUAAAUUACUUUGCUACCAGAAGAAAUGUAGAGUACGCCUGCAUUACACUUGGCGGGAACUUUGGUCAGCUUUGAUCAAUUUGCUGAAGUUCCUUAUGUCAAAUGAGACUGUACUUUUGGCCAAACACAACAUUUUUACAUUAGCCCUUAUGAUUGUGAACCUAUUUAAUAUGUUUAUCACUUAUGGUGACACGUUCCUGCCCACCCCCAGCAGCUAUGAUGAACUUUACUAUGAGAUUAUCCGCAUGCACCAAAGCUUUGACAACCUCUAUUCCAUGGUGCUGAGGCUUUCUACAAAUGCAGGCCAGUGGAAAGAAGCAGCCAGCAAAGUGACCCAUGCACUGGUUAAUAUCAGAGCCAUCAUCAACCACUUCAACCCCAAAAUUGAGUCCUAUGCUGCUGUGAACCACAUAUCCCAGCUGUCAGAGGAGCAGGUGCUGGAAGUAGUAAGAGCCAACUAUGACACGCUCACACUGAAGCUACAGGAUGGCCUGGACCAAUAUGAGCGCUACUCGGAGCAGCACAAGGAGGCUGCCUUCUUCAAAGAGCUGGUUCGAUCCAUUAGCACCAAUGUCAGGAGAAACCUGGCCUUCCACACCCUCAGCCAAGAGGCUCUGCUCAAGGAGUUCUCCACCAUUUCCUGAGCCAUGCCUAUCAAGCAACCACUGACUUCCCUUACCUCGGAGGCUCCUGGGCUGGAGGGGAAGUGAGAAGAAAGAAAGCGACCCCCAAGAUUGGAGAACAGCACGGAUCCUGAGUUCUCUCUGUGAAGGCCAUACUUUAAGUGGAGUUUGGACAGCAGGGGCCAGGAGGGGCAAGCCAAGGAUAAUCUUAUUUGGGGAGGGAAGGGUGGGCACAGGCAGGCCUCCAAGAAUGUGCAGGUUUCCAGGGUGUGCACCUGUACACAUCCUCACAUUUCCAGUUGACCUCACAAGUUGUGGCCCUGGACUAAUUUUCAGAAACUGGAAAGAUGGGCCCCAGUGAUGCCAAGACCACGAAGAGUCAAGGACUUUUCCAGGCUUUUGAAACCAGUUCAACUCUCAAAUGAAGGUGAAGUCACAUCCCGUUUCCUAUGGGCCUGGGGCUGAGCCGGGCAUGUGUCCCUGAUUUUUCUGGCAUUAUGUCCAGCCAGUAGGACCCCUAACUCAGGCUUAGAGUAUGGUAGGACUGGAGCACCUUUUUC